UUUUUUUGUCAGGUGGCAGCGCUGCCUAUAAACGUCAGUCAGCUGUCAGUACCGUGGAAAAUGGCUGCAAUUGUGCGAUUCAACUUGUUAAAACCGCAAUUUGUUGCGGCGCUGCCGGCCGCCCAGCAGCUACGUCUACAGAGUACCCAGGCACCACCGCCAGGCACACCGCCACCACAGACAAAAACCAAAUUCGGACCGCUUGCUGAUGAAGAUCGCAUCUUCACUAAUCUAUAUGGACGUCACGAUUGGCGUCUUAAGGGCGCACAGAUGCGCGGUGACUGGUACAAGACCAAGGAGAUUGUGCUCAAGGGCGCCGAUUGGAUUAUAAAUGAAAUCAAAACAUCUGGUCUGCGUGGACGAGGUGGUGCUGGCUUCCCCAGCGGUAUGAAGUGGUCAUUCAUGAACAAGCCAGGUGAUGGACGUCCAAAGUAUUUGGUUGUAAAUGCCGAUGAAGGUGAGCCUGGUACUUGCAAGGAUCGCGAAAUUAUGCGUCACGAUCCCCACAAGCUGGUCGAGGGCUGUCUGAUUGCGGGAAAAGCAAUGGGCGCGCAAGCUGCAUAUAUCUAUAUUCGCGGCGAAUUCUACAAUGAGGCAUCCAACAUGCAGCUGGCAAUUGCUGAGGCCUAUCAGGCUGGCUUGAUUGGCAAAAAUGCAUGCGGCAGCGGCUACGAUUUUGAUGUUUUCAUGCAUCGUGGUGCAGGUGCAUAUAUUUGCGGCGAGGAAACUGCACUGAUUGAAUCACUUGAGGGUAAGCAGGGCAAGCCACGUUUGAAGCCGCCAUUCCCUGCUGAUGUGGGUCUCUUCGGCUGCCCCACUACUGUUACCAAUGUGGAGACUGUUGCUGUGGCGCCAACUAUUUGCCGUCGUGGUGGCAACUGGUUUGCCAGCUUUGGACGCACGCGUAACUCGGGCACAAAGCUGUUCAACAUCUCUGGUCAUGUGAACUCGCCCUGCACUGUUGAGGAGGAAAUGUCCAUACCAUUAAAGGAGCUCAUUGAGCGUCAUUGUGGGGGUGUCAUUGGUGGCUGGGAUAAUCUGUUGGGCGUUAUACCCGGCGGUUCCUCAACACCCAUUAUUCCCAAGAAUGUGUGCGAUGAUGUUAUUAUGGAUUUCGAUGGUUUAAUUGCGGCGCAAACAUCGCUGGGCACAGCAGCCAUUAUUGUCAUGGAUAAGUCGACGGAUGUGAUUAAGGCUAUUGCGCGUUUGAUCUCGUUCUACAAGCACGAGAGCUGCGGACAGUGUACACCAUGCCGUGAAGGCAUUGGCUGGAUGAACAAGAUUAUGGAACGCUUUGUCAAGGGCGAUGCUCAGCCCGCUGAGAUUGAUAUGCUGUGGGAGAUUUCCAAGCAAAUUGAGGGACACACUAUUUGCGCAUUGGGUGAUGGUGCUGCCUGGCCUGUACAAGGUCUGAUUCGUCACUUUAGGCCCGAGAUUGAGAAGCGAAUGCAGCAGCAUGCGCAGCAGACAAAGCGCGCCAGCAAUUAAGUUGUUAUAGCUAAUUAUAUAUUUCCCUGAUCGUGCACUGUUUAUGCAAUAAAUAAACCGUAAAGUUCUCUAAACUACAA